AUGGAGAACCAACGCCGACCACACCGUCGAAGUGAAUUCGAAAUUGCCGUGAUCUGCGCCUUACAGGCAGAAUCCGAUGCCGUCGAGGCCGUGUUCGAUACGAAAUGGGAAUACACCUUUGGAAAAGCCCCAGCCGACCCGAAUACCUACUCCACGGGCAGAAUCGGUGGAUACAAUGUCGUUCUAGUGUUCCUACCGAGCAUGGGAAAGGCAUGUGCAGCGAGCGCAACCGCCAGCUUCCUAUCCAGUUUCCCCGCGAUAAAACUUGUCUUGGUUGUAGGGAUAUGUGGAGCAGUACCUACCGACCCGACGGAUGCGACGAAAGAAAUCCUGCUUGGGGAUGCGAUAAUCAGCACGGGAAUCGUUCAGUAUGACUUCGGGCGCCAGUUUUCGGACAAAGUUGUGAGAAAGGAUAGUCUUGAGGACAAUCUAUCCCGGCCGACAAAGGAGGUUCGAUCGUUUUUGCGGAAGGUUAGUGGAUUGGAAGGUUGUCGACAAUUACAGAAUGAUACUAUUGCACAUCUCACGGAGAUCUGCGAGAAGAAGGGCAACGGCGCAUUCAACUAUCCGAGCCGAGAUGAGGACAAACUCUACAAACCGACCUACCGUCAUAAGCAUCACAACUCAGCAACCUGCACUGUUUGCGCCAGAUGUGUCAGAAAAGAAGACGAAACGUGCACCAAUGCACUUGAAUCAUCCUGUGAUCAAUUAGGGUGCAGUGAGAUGAAUCUGGUUGUUCGCAGCCGAUCAAUGAAGGGAGAAAAGAAACUAAGUCCGCAAAUACACUUUGGUCUCGUUGCAUCCGGAGACUUGGUCAUGAAAUCUGGGUACCAUAGAGACGAAAUCGCCCGAAGGGAAAAAGUCAUUGCCUUUGAAAUGGAGGGGGCUGGAGUAUGGGACAACUUUUCAACCAUCAUCAUCAAGGGUGUCUGUGACUACGCAGAUAGUCAUAAGAACAAGAAAUGGCAAAGGUAUGCGGCUGCAGUAGCAGCAGCCUGCAUGAAAGCGUUUCUGAGUCAGUGGAUUGCUGUUGAUAAGGCAACACAACCUGAAGCAACUGCUUCUUCCACAUUUGCUCAAUCGAGGGGAAUGCAGUCAUGCAAUGACAGCUCUUCGACUGACCGAGGUGUGCUGCCAGUAACGUCUGAUGUUAGCAUCCGACAUGCUGACCUCUGGCGCCUCAAGACGCCCUUGACAACUGGUGAUACGGACGACGAGGAUGCAUCGCUGGUUGAAGGAUAUGAUUACGUCUAUUUCAUUAUGAUAGUGGUGAUAUGGAACCUCCAGCAAAAGCUAAAAAAAAGGCGCUUUGUAGUAUCUUUGUUGCUGGUAUUGCAAUAUCUCUGCCUUAGCCCACUGUCUCCUCUUUCUUGGAGAUGUGUUCAAUUUGAAGAUGCGCUUGGCCGAAUACAAAGAUUACCUUUCGAGCUCUGUAGAAAUCUCGAUGCCUUUAACAAGUUCCUAAUUGACGACUUUCACGGACGGCCUGGUUGGCAUAAAGUCAUCCGAAGUCAAUAUGUGAUUGCAAGUGGAAGAUUUGGAGGCGCGAUCAUCACACCACAGCAGUGGCUGUCCACGAUUCAACCCGGAGGCUUGUUAACAAUGAUUAUUCGUGUCGAUUCGAAGGGGAAAUCUUGCCCAAGAUGUCAAAAGGAGCUAUCUCAAGCGGAAACCCGGUGUAGGGCUUGCUUACAAUUCUACCGACUCCUAAUAAAAUGGAAAACCAUGGGUUUAGACGAGUCGCGUUUAAACACAGCUCAGUUCGCAAAACGCCCAGCUGGUCCUCGCACACUCGAGGACACCUUCAUCGAUGAACAUGGUGAUGUAGACAUGUCAUAUUUCAAAUAUACUUUUUCAAGCCCAUCAGUGACAUCCUCCAGAGAGCCCAGCGAGAUUUCUCACCCACGGUCAUUCACAAAGAGCACGAACCCCGUGAAAGACGAGGAGACAGUCACCAGUUCUUCUGAAGACAGUGAUAGUGACGACGAGCCUCUGAAAAAGCCACCAAUGGUCCGCAAGAAGGGCGGACAGCUCGUGCGACCCGCAUUACGACCUUCAGCUCGACACCGGCCAUCAAGCAUGCCCGGUACUCCUACCUACGAGAAGGCUGUUCAUUUUGACACCCAACUGGAGCAUAUCCGCCACUUUCUGCAGCUUGACAGGCCUUUAGCAACCAGUGCUGACACAUCGCCGGUCGAUGAGUGCGAGGAAGAAGGAGAGUUUACGAUUGGUGUAGCGGACGUCCUUUCCAGUUCUUCUGAGGACAGUGAUAGUGAUGACGAGCCCUUGAAAAAGCCGCCAAUGGUCCGCAAGAAGGGCGGACAGCUCGUGCGACCCGCAUUACGACCUCCUUCAGCUCGACGCCAACCAUCAGACAUGCCCGGUACUCCUACCUACGCGAAAGCUGUUCAUUUUGAUGCCAAACUAGAGCAUAUCCGCCACUUUUUGCAACUUGACAGGUCUUUAGCGACGUCGCUGGUCGAUAAAUGA